UUUUGAUAUUUUGUCGGCGUUACGUGUUGUUAUACCUAAUCAAAUAUCAUAUCAUAUCCAUCAAUCUAUUGUUUUAUUGUAUACUUUUUAUAUUAUUUUACCCACCAACCCAACUUACUGUUGACAGUUCGACACCUGUUUAUCCAGUGUACGUUUCGCUAUGCCAUCGCCGAACAUGAUCACCGAACCAUUCGACGUCAGUUUCGUCAUCGAAGAGCUCGAAAAUGACGAGAUCCAAGAAGGAUGUUUGACAGUUGAACAGUACACCAAAUUAUUUUCCGCGUACUUGUACACCAACGAACUGUGCGCCGCAAAAUUCUUGUGGCGCCGUAUACCCGAAGCAAUUAAAGCUGAUCCCGAAUUAAAUAAAGUCUGGUCAAUUGGCAAAGCCCUCUGGUCAAAACACUACACUCAAGCGUAUGAACUUAUUGACUGCAAAUGGUCUGACAUACUUGAGCCUAUUAUGGUUGCAAUCAAGCGUCGCAUCCAACAGGACACGUUGAAAUUCAUUAGUAUGCACUACGAAAACAUACAACUUGACAAAUUUCAAACGUUCAUGGGAGUAGAUAAAGAACAAGCAGAGAGAAUAAUAGAGAGUGAAGGUUGGUCAUGUAUAAAUGGAUAUGUAAUGCCAAUAGCGAUCAGUGAACCUGAUUUGGGGCUAGGUGGUAGUCAAGAAAUUUUGGACAGAUUGGUGACUCUAUCCUCAUUUACAUCUUAUAUUGAAAAUUGAAUCAGUUUUUUGUUUGUGUAUUAAAUAAAUUUAAGGCUGAUUCUAACCUGUCAACUAAGAUAGCUUGGUUUAAAAUUAAUUUUAACAAACAAUUUUGUGUCAAGUGUAUUCAAAUGUAACAUAAGGAUGAUUUUAAAUGUAUUCUUUUUUAUUUUAUUUUCAUUUUUACUAAGUCAAUAAACAGUA